AUGGAUAGACUGCUUCCAAAUGGUCAUACGCCCUAUGAUGAUGCAGGGUCAAGAUCAAAAUUUACUCCUAGAGAAGAUCGUAAAUUGCUUAAAUUGGUUCAGGAAGCAGGAAGAUCUCCAAAUUGGAGAGAAAUUUCAAACAUUAUGCAAACAAGAACUCCAAGACAAUGCAGAGAGAGAUAUCAAAACUAUUUGUGUCCAAAGAUUAAUCACAAAGAUUUCACUCCUGAAGAAGAUGAAAUGAUUCUCAAGCAAUUUGACAUACAUGAAAAUAAAUGGAACGCAAUUGCAAGAUGUUUCAAGGGAAGAACAGGAAACAUGAUCAGAAACCGAUGGCAAACUCUCAUAAGAAAACAAAAUAAAAAGUUUCGAAUUGCUAAGAAAUUGAGUGAAUCUGAAGAAUUGGAAAAUGAUUCUUGUUCUAAAGAGAGUCUCGGUUCCGCUGUUUCAUGUGAAAAACAACCUCAUUUGUUUGAUGCUUUGUUCACAAUAAUGGACUAUGAGCAUAUUCUCAACGAUGACAGAUUUAUCAUGUCAUAUGUUGGUUCAUGCACACAAUGA